GGCGGCGGAGGCGGCGGGCGCGCGGCGCGGGGCCUGCCCGGCGGGGACGCACCUGGAGCUGCGCGUGCGGCCGAGCGGCCGGGUCCCCGCGGGCCGCGCACCAUGGACAGCUUCGACCUGGCGCUGCUGCAGGAGUGGGACCUGGAGUCGCUGUGGGGUGAAGACAUCUUAAACCAGAGGAAUGACUCUCUUCUUGUGGAAUUUCAGUCAUCAGCCAGCAGAUGCAGGAGUGUCUAUGAACCAGAUAGAAAUGUGUUACGAAGGAAAGAACGAGAAAGAAGAAAUCAGGAAACUCAACAGGAUGAUGGCAACUUCAAUUCGAGUUACUCCCUCUUCAGUGAACCCUACAAGACUAACAAAGGGGAUGAGCUCUCCAACCGGAUCCAGAACACUUUAGGCAAUUAUGAUGAAAUGAAGGACUUUUUAACUGAUAGGUCUAAUCAGAGUCAUCUCGUUGGUGUUCCCAAACCUGGCAUUCCUCAGACUCCUGUGAACAAAAUCGAUGAACAUUUUGCUGCAGAUUCAAGAGCCCCGCCCCCAACUCCAUCAGUUUGUAAUACCACAUCUUCCACACCAGCAACUGUUCCCGUGCCGCAGAGUAAAAGGGGCGCUGUGGGCUGGCAGAAGACUGGGCACCCACCUUCUGAUGGCCAACAGAGAGCAAGUAAGCAUGGACACAGGUUGCUUGAUUUGCACAAAUCUGCUAACCCAAAGAACCAUGAUAAACAAUCAGAUCACUGUGUGUCAAGCCUGUCAUCCUCAUCCUCCUCUUCUUCUUCUUCCAACUCAGCGCAACAGGGUUCUCUCAGGACCUUGCUUGGAGAUGGUGUUGGCAGACAGCAGCCGCGGGCCAAACAAGUGUGCAAUGUAGAGGUGGGUCUGCAGACCCAGGAAAGGCCACCUGCUAUGGCAGCCAAGCACAGAGGCGGAGGACACUGUGUCCAAGCCUUUCCUCCAUCCCUGGCUUCAAAACCCAGCCUGGUCCAACAGAAACCGACUGCAUAUGUGCGGCCAAUGGAUGGCCAAGACCAGGCUCCCGAUGAGUCUCCAAAGCUUAAGUCGCCCUCCGAAACCAGCAUGCACUGCACUUCGUAUCGGGGCCUCCCAGCCACCAAACCGGAGUCUGCCAGAACCAAGGCCAGGCUGUCCAAGUUCAGCAUCCCUAAGCAAGGCGAGGAGAGCAGAUCUGGAGAAGCCAACAGCUGUGUAGAAGAAAUAAUUCGGGAGAUGACCUGGCUUCCACCCCUUUCAGCUAUUCAAGCACCCAGCAAAGUCGAAGCGACCAAAUUUCCCUUCCCAAAUAAGGAUUCUCAGCUUGUUUCCUCUGGACACAAUAAUCCAAAGAAAUGUGAUGCUGAGCCAGGGAGUCCAGACAAUGGGACGUCCAAUACAUCCUCUCUGAGACGGUUAUCCCCACUUACAGACCAGAGAAAUGAUACUCAGAGAGGAAUGCUAGAAGAUGACCUUAAGCUCAGCAGUGACGAAGAGGAGAAUGAGCAGCAGGCGGCCCAGAGAACUGCACUCCAGGCUCUGUCCGACAGCGCCGUGGGCCCGCAGGCCACGUGUCAAGCCUCUGUGCCUUCCAGCCAGCGCAGCUCCAGCGGCAGCAGCUCCAGCGGCAGCAGCUCUUCCAGCGACUCGGAGAGCAGCUCCGGGUCCGACUCGGAGACAGAGAGCAGCUCUAGCGAGAGCGAGGGCAGCAAGCCGCCCCACUACUCCAGCCCUGAGGCUGAACCGGCGUCGUCCAACAAAUGGCAGCUGGACAAGUGGCUGAACAAAGUGACCCCGCACAAACCGCCAGCGCCGGUUCCCGGGGACUCGCUGCCCGACGGCGCGCCCUUCUACGCGAAGGAGCCCGAGUGCACGCCACUGCCCGACGCUGCGGCCGCCAAGGGCCCCUGCAGGGACGAGCAACGGCCGCGGACGGCCAGCAAGGCGCCGGGCAGCAAGGCGGGGAGGCAGAAGUCGCCGCCCGCCGCCCUGGCAGUGGCCGUGGCCGUGGCGCCCGCCGAGAGCGCGCCCGCCCCCGCACGCAGGCCGCUGCCCAAGAAGCCCCCAAGGCGCGCCGAGCGUGCGGGGCCCGGCGACGGUCCCCCCUGCGCCCCCUGUGCACGGCCCGACGAGCCCGACGAGCCCCCCCGGGCGCGGCCGGGCGCGGGCAGCGGCCGCAGCGGCCACCGCAAGGAGCCUCGACCCGCCGGGGCGGGCGACAAGCGGCGCACGCGGGGCCUGGGCCGGAGCGUGCCCAAGUCCAGGGAGUUCAUCGAGACCGAGUCGUCGUCGUCGUCCUCCUCCUCCUCAUCCGACUCAGAUGCCGAGUCGGAGAGGGACGAGUGUCCGCUGGCCAAGGCGCCCGCGCCUGACGCGCGGCCCAGGGAGGCGGCCCCGCGCGCGCCCGUCGGCUCCAUCAGCGCCAGGUCGGCGGGCGACGCGGCCGAGCUCGAGGAGCAGUUCUACACGCUCGUGCCCUUCGGCCGCAACGAGCUGCUGUCCCCGCUCAAGGACAGCGACGAAGGCCGCGCCCUCUGGGUCAAGAUCGACCUGAGCCUGCUGGCUAGGGUCCCCGAGCCUGGCCUCCCGGCCCCCCGCGCGCCCAAGGACGCGGACUGCGCGCCCCCCAGCCACCCAGCAGACCCGCCGCCCGACAAGGCGCUGCCCAAGUCCAAAAGGAAACGCAAGUGUGACAACGAAGAUGACUAUAGGGAGGCCAAGAAGGCCCAAGGAGAGAAGGAGGGUGCUUCACGGCUGACCACCUCUGCCAGUAACAGCUUGUCUGCCAACCACUGCUCCAUAAACAUCAACAGCCUGGCAAUACCAAUAAACAGAAAUGACAAGAUGCUGCGCUCACCCAUCUCACCCUUGUCUGAUGCCUCCAAACACAAAUACCCCAGCGAGGACCUGACUUCCUCCUGCAGACCUAACGGCCCAGGGCUCCUCCCUUCUGCCACCACCACCAAGAAGCCCAAGGCCGAGAGCCAGCUCCAGCCUCACAGUGGAGACCUCACGAAAGCUGCUCACAGCACUUCUGAGAACAUUCUUCACAAGUCACGUCUGCAGGCAGAGCCCUGGUCUCCAGGCCCCAACGGACACAGGGACUGCAAGAGGCAGAAACUCAUCUUCGAUGACAUGCCACGCAGUGCAGAUUAUUUUAUGCAAGAAGCUAAACGGAUGAAGCAUAAAGCAGAUGCAAUGGUGGAGAAGUUCGGGAAGGCUUUGAACUACGCAGAAGCAGCCCUGGCAUUCAUCGAGUGCGGAAAUGCCAUGGAACAAGGCCCGAUGGAGUCCAAAUCCCCAUAUACGAUGUACUCGGAAACGGUGGAGCUCAUCAGGUAUGCUAUGAGACUAAAAACCCACUCAGGUCCCAAUGCCACUCCAGAGGAUAAACAACUGGCUGCAUUAUGCUACCGAUGCCUCGCACUCCUUUACUGGCGGAUGUUCCGGCUCAAAAGGGACCAUGCUGUCAAGUAUUCAAAAGCACUUAUCGACUACUUCAAGAAUUCAUCUAAAGCUGCCCAAGCGCCAUCACCGUGGGGGGCCAGUGGAAAGAGCACGGGAACCCCCUCCCCCAUGUCUCCCAACCCCUCCCCCACCAGCUCCGUGGGGUCCCAAGGGAGCCUGUCUAACACCAGUGCCCUGUCCCCGUCCACCAUCGUCAGCAUCCCGCAGCGCAUCCAUCAGAUGGCGGCCAAUCACGUCAGCAUCACCAACAGCAUCCUCCACAGCUACGACUACUGGGAGAUGGCCGACAACCUGGCCAAGGAAAACAGAGAAUUCUUCAAUGACCUGGACCUGCUCAUGGGGCCUGUGACCCUGCACAGCAGCAUGGAGCAUCUGGUCCAGUACUCCCAGCAGGGCCUGCACUGGCUGCGGAACAGCGCUCACCUGUCGUAGGGCCUCAGCAUGAGCCGGACUUGCCCUCAGCACCACGGACAGCUCAACAUUUCUGGACACUGUGCUACUGAUAAUCCAACCACAGCAUUUAUCAAACUGCGGUGAACAUUUUCUCAGCAUCCAACGAUUUCCCAGGGCAUGUGUGUUUGUAUGUGUGUGUAUGUAAGAAGCUCCCUGUGUAUGUAUCUUCAAAGCACAUCUCUUUAGAACAUACUUCCUUUGCCUGGUUUCCAGAAUCCUGGACUAGACAAAGUGAUCAGAGGUCAGAAAAACACAGUUACACAGUUACACACACACAUACACACACACACAAACACAUACACACACACUUUCAGUCUCAAAGCUAAACCAUGAAUUCUUUGAACAUUCAACCAAAAUCUCAUGGGUUAGUGAACCAGUGCAAUGCUGCACACCGAAAGCUUGACUGCCAGUUAAGAUGAACCUAGUUCUUAUGCUAUUGAUUACUUUCAGUAUUAAUAUACUAUUCCCCAAUUAUUUUUGAUUGUGUGUAUUAAUGGAUAAUUGAAUAAUGACAAUAAGUCUGUUAUUUUUGUGCUGGGCGUUUACUAGAUUGCAUGUUACCAAAUAUCCUGCCUCUUGUCUGAUAUCCCCCUUCCUUCCAACUUUAUUGUCAACUAAAUGCAUUUAUAAGCCAACGAAUCAAUUCUCACAGGUCUUCCCUGCCCUGCCCCGAAACUGGUAUAAAAAUAGCACUGUGAUUUGAUAAGAAACAUAGUGUGUUUGAAAACUAACCCACAUGAACAUAGCCACGGCUCUGCUUUGAAGCUCAGUUAGAAGCCAAGACCUACCACGAAGCCAGCCGGCCCAGAGUAUAGCUUGGUUCUACCAUGGUGAUGUGGUAGCUAUAAAGUCAUGUGGCACUUGUUGGCUGAUGUUUAGCAAGUCUUUUCUUCCUGCAACAGCUUUCUUCACAAAUUUUCUUGGCCGAGUUAGAAAGUUAGCUGAAAAGUCCCUUCGCUAUGAAAUCUAGAUGUGUCGUUGGUCAAGCAAAGACCUCUUUGCUCCCAAAUAACCACUCAGUGCAGAAGGCACCGAGGUUGGCCGCUGAUGCAUUUUCCCCCAGGUAGUGUGAUUCAGGCUUGGAUCCACAAGCUGCUCAGUGUGCAGGGCCAUUUAUUGCUCCCUGUCCUCCUUGUGGUACCAACAAACAAGGCCAUUGUGCUUCCAUCCGAUGCAUCUGGUAUGUUUACGUCUUGCCCUUGAUUCUUUCCCUCUUUUUAUAAUUAAGUUUACAUUUUAGUUUUUGACAUCUUGUUUACAGUUUCUGUCUGAAACAUAUUUCUUAUAUAGUCUCCUGUUAUGUCCCAGAUUUAGCGUUCUUGUUAACUAUGUAUUUGGAUAUAAAGAUACUGGUGAGAUGGAAAACAGCUUCUGAAAAAGAAGGUAGGCCUGACCAUACUCUAAAAACACAACACAGAAAAAUCUCCCUGAGGCCUUUAGCUUCCUGAGCUGGCCUGAGGAUGGUCCAAGAAAGGUAAUGGCGGGUGAAGCAACCCUCCCUCCCAGGCCACGGCGGCAGCAAACAUUGAUAAGGGUGACUGUUACUUGCUUUCACUGAUGAUCGCAUUGAUUUGGUUGAAAUUCUAACAUUUUUGUCAGCCUGAUCUGUAGGUGAGAGAUAAGAUACCUAUCAAUUCCAUAGCUCUUACCAUUGAUUCAAAUGGUACAAACCAGAUUGAACAACUUUAGUGAUUUAAAAUUGAGAUGAUCAAGCAAAGGGUUUGUGAAAUUUGCAUUUGGUUUUUGACUUCAAGAAUCUAGAAAUGUUAACAGUAUUUUUAUUUAAGAUUUUUCUAAGUGAGGUGCUUUUUACCCUUUUCACUAAAAUUAGUGGCAGAGUACAUGAUUCAAUCUAUUUUGGAAAAUUGAAUCUAUAUUAAGAAAUUUUGAGUUGUUUUUUGGAGGACCCACACUUAGUCCUACCUGCUCUUGAAAAAGUCUGAUAAAACCCUUAAACCCUCUUGUAAAGGGACUCCCAAUGGGGUUCACCAGGCAUCCCCAGGGCACCUUUCUGGUCUUUCCCAUCGUUAAAGUUGCAGGCUCUGUGGUCCACACUAUAUACUUACCCCUGAAGCCCCAUUGAAGCAUAUAGGUAGCAUCAGGUCAAUUGUGUGAGUAGCAUUUUUAUCGACACUUUGGUGACCAGGUUCCUCAACCAAACUUGAAAUUUGUCAUAUGGGGGUUGGUGAGGGAUUGCACCUCUGCUCACCAUGUCUCAUUUCAUCGGGAGAACAUGUUGUGGUAGCAGCUUUUGUUUGCUUUGGCAUAGAUGAUUUUUGGUAAGGAACAGUUCUCUUUUUGUUGGCUGUGAAAUUUAUUCAUAACCUAUUAGUUAGUUUUAUUUAAAGUAGAGAUACCUUUCUUUCAUUUCCUCAUAAAAUUAAUAAUGCUCACUGUAAAAAUCCCAAGCCUACAAAAACAUAGAAAGUAGAAAACCCUCUUCCCUGGAAAUACCCAAUGCUCAGAGUUCUUCUAGAGCCUUUAUAUUUUAAUGAAGAGCAUCUAUGAUUAUUUCUAUUUGAAGACAAUUAGUUCCUAAGAAACUUGCCACAAUUCUGCUCACCUUAAGUUUUCAUGACCUUAAUGUAUUUCAAUCUUUAUUACAAUGUUAGAGUUAUCUCUGAGAGAAACCCAGAUGUAGUCCUGGUAUUUGUAACUAGUCUAUACGAAUCAGAAUUAUGUGCAGAUUUAUGAAGGAAAGGUUCAAUUAAAACAUAUUUCUAGGGACUGGAACAAUAGUACAGCAGGUAGGACAUUUACCUUGGCAUGCUGCUGACUCAGGUUCCAUCCCAUCUGGUCCCCCAAGCACCACCACGAGUGAUCCCUGAGAGCAGAGCCAGGAAUAAGCUUUGAGUACUUCUGGGUGUGACCCAAAAAUCCAAAAUAAAACAUUUCUAGAAACUUCCUAAUUGCAAAUGGAAACUCAGACGCACUGUUGAAAGAGGAUUGUACUGGAAAAAUAAAGAGUUGGAAAGUUAUGUACUAGCUUGAACACAUGGAAUCAAUGCAAUGAGACUCUGCACUAAAGCAUAUCCUAGUGUGUACAUCAAUGGCAUCAAUGGUGUGUGUAUUAUAUAACAGUGAUGUGUACAUUCUAACAUACCAUACAUAUACAGUUUGUAUAAAUGCAUACAUUUAAAAAUAUAUAUGUACAAUACAGCUAACAUAAAAUUGUAGUGCGCCUGAAGGAUAUUCCUAGUGCCUGAUCUUGAGUAUAAGUCACUUCGCAUUUGCAUCACCUUGGAAGUGCAGUAAUUGUUAUAAAAUUAAUAAGUGCAGCCAACAUUAUUUAUGAAUCCCAUCUUUGAAAUUGUGCAGUAGUAUAUACAUAUAUAUUUUUAAAUAACAUUUUUCACAGUUUUCCAGAGUUACUGUUGAAAUCUGUAUCACCGAAACAAAAACAAAAAAGCAAAAGCAAGAUUUUUUUAAUGAUGUAGACACUCUUCAAGCCCAGUAAUCUGUGUGUGAUUUCCUGUUUGUAGAUACCCAAGAGACUUUAGCAGUCACCAGCCUUAAUGCAUGUACAGGAUAUUAUUGUGACUUAAUUUAACUGCAGUUUUUAAUCCAUGUGAAAUUGGAAUUUAUAAACUGACUUGGAUUAAAUAUGUCUGCCUUUCUAAGGUUGCAAAUGUUACAUUAAAUGAUUUAUGUUGUAAAUGAGAGAAAUUGAGUUGUACGUAAGAAAUGCCCACCAAUUUCUGUGAAUAUUUUUUACAAGGAAAUUUCAGAAAUUUCAAGGUAUGUUCAUAGAAGCAUUCUGGUUCCCAGUUCAUAAUCUCUUUAGAAGUGACCUUGUUGUUCCAUGAAUUUUCUAAAUGUAACAUCCACAGAUUAUCAUUAUGAAGUCUGAUAUUUUUCAUGGGGAGGGUAAUAUGUUUUUCUUCAUUAUCACUACAGUUUACAGUUUGUCUUUUUUAUUCUCUGGUACAUAUAUCCAUGCAUGAGAACACAUACCAGCAUUUAGAAAAUAACACCACCUCUGAAUAUGAAGCUUGAUAAGUUCAUAUUGAUGGUGGCACUGGUGUCUGUAAAUCAGAGACCCCGCUGAUCUGACAUUCCUAACCACACAAGUUAAUUUUCUGACUUGUGUAUGCCCAACUUUUUAAUACAGACCAGCAUGGUGAAAUAAUUCUUCAGAGAGUUGAGUAAAAUCAAAGAAUUUUGAAUUAGAGAUGGGAAUGUUAGACCAGUCACUUGCAGAAAUUUUUGCUAAUCUCGUUUUCACCUACUCUUACUCCCUUUUCAUCAUGUUCCUCCCCAAGUUAAAAAGGCAAGAACAGCAAUGGUAACAAGCCAUCAUUCCACCUGGCCUUCAACACCACUGCGCCCGAUCCCGCAGCAGGGGCCUGGGCCUCGGCACCAAGGAGCAUCCAUCCUUCCACGCUCCGGUACUUGGCUUUGGUUCUCCAGGGACUACUGAGCUUGAUUCUCUUUCAGAGGUGGUCUAGGCUAAUAAACACUCAACAUCCUUCAAGAACUGUCUUACUUUUAUGCAAGUUUGCCUGCUAGCUACUCAAGUUGAAGUCUGUUGAUGUCAGAAUCAUCUUUUUAAGAAGUAACACAUUUUCGAUGUCACCUGGAUCAGCUGGAGUCUUGAAAGAAUUAUUUUUCUAAUGAAAGAUGAAAGAAUAAGUAGACUGCAUUUCCAGCAAUGUGGAGCCGGAGUUUAUUUCCUUGUUUUCCCAGUCCCAGAGGAGCACAGUUUUCGGUAUUACAACUUACUAGCAAAUAGCACAAGAAAUGUUCAGAUACAAGAUUUGUGUUCUUUUGUUCCAACUAACUAUUAUUCUGUAUAUAUCAUCGGAGGGGUCAACUUGUUUGCUUGGCAUGAGGGAAACUAUAAAAGUCUGUUAUCAAACUAAUUACAUCUGACCACAGUUUUGGUUUUUAUUAUCUAAUUGACACUCUGAUUCAGAGCGUCACUCUGAUGAGUUUUCGGUUGCUGAAAGGGGAUUUAGAGUCACAACUCUUAAUCACAGUAAUGGGAAUCAGGGGACUAAAUCCCUGUGCAUUAUUUUGGAAAUCCACUUCAUAGCCAAUUUUAAGCAUACUUUCUGAGGAAUGAAUUUAAGGUACUAAUUGCGAGUCAACACAAGGAUCAGCAUGAGUCUUUAAGCAUCGGGCAGUAGUGAUGAGGCCUGAAAACUGGAUCAACAACUUGCUUUCUAUUAAUUCCAUAGGCUAAAAUCUCAUCUACAUAUAUUUCUAUCCUUGGGGCUGGAGCAGGGGAAAGUGGACAGGGCAUUUGUCUUGAACGUGUCUGACCGGGUUCAGACAUAUAGGUGAGGCAGUUUCCUUAUAUGCGGCUAAUCCCAGUUUGAAUUCCCUGCACCACACCUGGCCUCUCCAGCCCUACCAGGAGUGAUCCUUGGGUGCAGAGCCAGGACUAAGUCCUGAGCACCAAUGAGUGUGACCCUAAAACAAACAAACAAACAAAAAUGUAGAUCCAGAUUUGUAAUAGUGCAUCAAUGUUUAGAAUUCAUGAAUUACUGAUUUGGUUAUAAGAAUUAUUAUAAAUAAUAAUUAUAUCUGUUUCUGUAUUGUUAUUCAA